GACUGGGUCUCUUGGUCCUCGCAGCAUUUUUGAGCCGCCGACCAUGGGCGCAGGACUUCGUCGGCUUGGCCCAGCAAGGGAAGGCCCGUCAGCCAUCCCUUUCCGCUCGACAUAUUCGAGCGACCGGAAAGACCAGAUUGAGUCCCGAUGCGGCACUUGAGAUCGACAGCGUGUGGCGAAUAGAUCCCAAGGAUUUCAAGACCGGCUGGGACUCCGAGCAGGGCAAGUGGAUAGACCUGCCAAAGAACAUGAUAAAGAAAUGGUGGCGACAGCCUUCUUACUUGACGCCAUUUGGUUACCGGCACCCGCCCAUGUGGAGCAAGAAGGACUAUGCUUUGGCAUGCACUGAGAUGAAACUCUCCAAGAUCGAGGCGAACAUGAUCAAGGAUCUCAAGGAUCGGGGCAUGACCAUCGAGGAGAUCCGCGGGCGCGCGAGUGCUUUCGAGUUCAUUGAGCACAGCAAGCUCCCAAAGCUCACGCCGAAGCUUACGUUCCUGUUCCAGGUGAAGGCUCUUUGGGAGGGCAAGGACCCGGCCGAGUCGGAGCUCAUCGACCUUGGCGAUGUUUACAAGGCGGACACCGGCAAAGACUUGGAUGCAGAUGAAUGA